AUGACUGUUACACUCUCUGGUGAUCUGGAAGUAGCGUCACAGUCAGUCUCUUGUGCCACCUGUCACUGCAAAAAUGUAUUGCGAAGUGAUAACGAGAAGAACCGGAAGAGAUCUAACACGGUGAAAGGUGAAAGAGAGGUCCAGGGACACGGAGAGAGCGGCGUUGACACAGCGGUGACGAUGGUGGGACCAGUAGACGCGGAUGUUGACGUGGUGCGGUUUUUGGGCGAGAACAGCGCGCUGUUGCUUGCUAAACCGUUGGACGGGCGGCUCAGGGACGUGCACUCGCUGUACGUGAUGAACAAGCAGAAGCUGCCCGCGCCGUUUGACGAGUUUCUCGAGUGUGUCAGGACGAUCUCGCAGGUAUCUGGCGAUGCGGUGGUGCUGGUGGAGACCAGGGAGUUGCAGGGGACCGAGUGGGUCAUUGAGUUCAUCGAUACGUUUGCACUGCAGAUCCUGGAGGGCCAGCUGCUGCAGGACAGUGGCCGUGGCGCUAGAGUUGAUUGUCAUGAUGAUACUGUUGAUGCCUCCGAUGAUGAUGAUGCUGAAACGCUGUUUGACGAGCAAACGCCGUUGCUGGACAGGCUCAUGGACGCAUUGGACUUCGAUAAGGAUGCGAGGGCCGCCGACGAAUAUACUGCGCCGUUGGUGAAGGUACUGUCCGCGAAGUUGGACCACAUCCUGCAGAGUGAACCCGUGAGUUUCCAACUGGCGAGGGAGCGUGCCAAGUACACAACGCGGUUUGAGGAGUACAUCUCCGUGUGUGGUGAUCCCGAGCACGCGCGGUUGCUAACGGGUCUCGCGUACAUUGUCAACAACAAGGUGGUCUCCAUGCAGUGGUCGAAACUGACCAAAGCGGAACAGCACAACCCUCAGUUCGUGCAGUGUUUGGAGACGCACAUACACUUCAUCCCGAACUUAAAACCGCAGACGGACGUCACGCUCGGAGACUGUUCUUACUUGGACACAUGCCAUAAGCUGAACUCUUGUAGGUAUCUCCAUUACCUGCAGUACAUCCCGGAGUCAGCUUUGCAAUUGGCCAGCGAACGGGCCGCAGCAAAUACCUCUGCGGCGGUUCCUCCCCUGUACACGCACGGGUACUGCUGCUCCGUCCAAUGCAAGGAACCGUUACCCCCGCAAUGGAUCCAAUGCGACGUGCGGAAGUUUGACUUCAGCGUGCUGGGCAAAUUCUCUGUCGUCGUUGCUGACCCAGCGUGGAAUAUCCACAUGAACUUGCCCUACGGUACCUGCAACGAUGUCGAGCUUCUCGAGUUGCCCCUCGACCAACUGCAGGACGAAGGUGUGCUUUUUCUGUGGGUCACAGGCCGUGCACUAGAGCUUGGGAAGGAGUCGCUCGCCAAAUGGGGGUACGAGGUCGUCAACGAGGUAUCCUGGAUCAAGACAAACCAGCUCGGGCGUACCAUUGUGACUGGCCGCACGGGCCACUGGCUAAACCACUCGAAGGAACACUUGCUCGUUGGCGUGAAGGCGCAUCCUCACUGGCUGAACCGGCACAUCGACAUCGACGUCAUUGUCUCGACCACGAGGGAGACCAGUCGCAAGCCGGACGAGCUGUACGGGAUCAUCGAGCGGCUCGUGGGCCCGCACGCGCGGAAACUGGAGAUCUUCGGUAGGGACCACAACAUCCGCCCCGGAUGGUUCACGAUUGGCAACCAAUUGACAGGAACUCGGAUCCAUGAGCUAGAUGUGAAAGAGAGGUACCGCGAGCAAGUCGCGGACCAGCCGCGGGACCCACGGGACCCACGGAGAGACCACAGGUGUGGUCGUCCAAGAGACCAUCGCCCCUUUGCAUCAAACUGA